UGAACAUACAGCAGUGUGUCAAGCUCACAACCAGGCGAGAGAAUGAAAAUAGAAAAGAAAAAAAGUGUGGUUGUCCAUUUCCUGUGAAAAGCUUUUGUCUGCUGAUGUUGAGAGUAAGAACUAGGAAGAGAAACUCGAUGCUUGCUGUUCAGCCUAGUCACCGGUAGUGCAGAGGAGAUCUCUCGUUCUCUCUCUCGGGGUCUCUUUCUUUUUCUCUCUCGCUUCGACUGUAACUUUUUAACGGUUUGUUCCGUGAGCAUAUGAGGCCAUGAGACGAGCAGCGAAGGGGAAAGGUCAGGAGAGUGCGGGCAGCUCUCUGCUCAGUCCACAGGAGAAUGAGAGGCUGGAGGAUCUGCUGGGCAGGAGGUGUGUGGUAAGUUCAGGGGCCUUGAGAACAGAUACCAGACUUAAGUCUCUGUCCUCAGCGGUUGUGCAGUUGCUUAUGGCUGUUCCGAGUGAGCCGAACCGCUGGACGCCUCAGCAAUCUGGAGUAGUUUGUUUCGUCAAGGACAGUCUUCUGCGCUCCUUUUUCAUUCGUCUCUAUGACAUCAAGGCAGGGAAGCUGGUGUGGGAACAGGAAAUCUAUAACCAGUUGAUGUACCAAAAAGUCAAGCCUUUUUUUCACACUUUCCCUGGAGAUGACUGUCAAGUGGGGUUAAACUUUGCAGAUGUAACAGAGGCUGAAAAUUUCUUUGCUGUAGUGGAGGACAAGAUCAGCCAGAGAAAUAAUCGCUUUGAGAAAAAGCAGAGAAAAGGAUCAGAAUCUAGAGAUCGUGGAGCUUUGCCACUGCUUCCUCGACCAAAUGGCUCUGGUACUCCUACCUCUCCUGCCAUGCCUCCAAUGGUACCAAGUAAUGUCCAGAUCCAGAACCAAAUUACCCCUUCCAAAUCAAAGAAAGAAAAGAAAGAAAAAGAGAAGAAAAAUAAGAAAAAAACAUCCAAACUGUUGAAGGGUGAUAUUGGAGCACCCAGUGGAUUCACGCAUGUCAGUCACCUAGGCAUGGGUUCCAACGAUUUGGACCCAGACCUGAAGAAACUUCUGUCGUGUGCUGGGAUCAGUGAAGCAGAUAUGAAUGAUUCGGAAACCUCUCAACUCAUCUAUGAUGUCAUUGAGCGUUCAGGUGGAAUGGAGGCUGUUAAAAAGGCUGUGAACGAGCAAGAGUCUACUCGCCCUCCUGUUCCUAGUGGACAUCGGGGUUCUCUUCCUCAAAUGCCAUCCGGGUUCUCCUCAGCUCCACCGCCGCUACCUCAAGGUCGAAUGGGGCCUCUACCACCUGUCCCCGGUCAAUCCUCUGCUCCAUCAUCCCAUCGAGGUUCCCUUCCACCCACACCUCCAAGAGCAGUUGGAUCACCACAAACACUUGAGGGCCGCGGUGGUCCUUCGCCUGCCCGAUCUGCAUCAUUAGGGCCCCUGCCACCUGUUCCCGGUGGGCGUACUGGGCCCUUGCCUCAACCUCCAGGAGUCCGCAGCGCACCCUUACCGCCUCCACCUGGAGGUCGAAGUGGAGGCGUGCCCCCGCCACCACUCCCAGGAGAACGUAGGGAGUCUUUAGCACCCGUUCCAGGAAAGAGACCUGGACCACAAAUGUCCGAAAGGCGAGGUAGCUUCCUGCCGCCCCAACCUACUGAGGCAGCUCCCCCACCACUACCUCCAGGAGUGAGGAGUGCACCCUUACCCCCACCUCCAAGAGACAAUAGAGGAUAUAUGCCACCUCCACCGCAAUCUGAAAUGCAGUUACCUCCUCCCCCAUCUGAUUUUUUCCCUCCACCACCUUGUGAAUCAUUUCCUCCACCUCCACCUGAAGACUUUGCUAAUUCUGUGCCUCCACCUCGUAACUUUACAUCCAGCUUUCCUCCCCAAAGCAAUUCUUCAGGCUUUGCCCCUCCACCCCCUCCAGUCUCAGCCAAACCCAGUGCAGGUGGUCCACCUCCGCCACCUCCUCCUCCACCUCCUGCUGCUCCUCCUCCAGUGAGUUUUGGAAGCGACUCCUCAUCUCCAACUGGUCCACCACCUCCAGCAUCCAGCAGUGGGGAAGUAGGUAGAGGAGCAUUACUAGCCCAGAUACAAUCAGGAAUGAAGCUCAAAAAGGUGAGCACAAGCUCAGAACCCCCAUCACCUGCACUGGAUUCAGGAGAGGGUAUAGUUGGAGCUCUCAUGAUGGUGAUGCAGAAGAGGAGUAAAGUCAUUCAUUCAUCUGAUGAUGACGAUGAAUUUGAUGAUGAAGAGGACGAUGAUGAAGAGUGGGAUUAAUACUGUUGUAAUUGAAAUAUUUUCAAUACAUGUACUCGGGUAGCUUUACAUGUUUUGGAAGUUAAACAACACUUAUCCUAUGCUUUUUUUGCUAGGGAUGCACUGAUAUUCAAAUUCUGGCCAAGUGAUAAUAAUUUUCAUGUUAUGGUCGAUAACCAAUAAAUGGCUGAUAUUAAAAUUCUACACUAUUAUUCCCAAAUAAAAUAAAAAUACAACACUGAUGACUAAAAUCAGUUGUUUGAAAUGUAACAAGUGAUUUUAGGCAUCACAACAUUAUAAUAUAAUGUGUGAAAAAUGGAUAUUCAUUUUGAGAUUUGCUUUGAUAUCACAUUUAAAGGGUUAGUUCACCCAAACAUAAAAAUUCUGUCAUUAAUUACUCACCCUAAUGUAGUUCCACACCCGUAAGACCUUCGUUAAUCUUCUGAACACAAAUUAAGAUAUUUUUGAUAAAAUCUGAUGGCUCAAUGAGGCAUUUUUUUGUUUGUUUCAUGAAUCUUCGAAGCUUUAUGGAUCUUUUGUUUCAAAUCAGUGGUUUGGAGCGUGAAAAUCACAUGAUUUCAGUAAACGAGGCUUUGUUAUGUCAUAAGCGUUUCGAAAUUUCAAUGGUUCACGUGACUUUGGCAGUUUGAUUCACGCUCCGAACCACUGAUUCAAAACAAAAGAUUCGUAAAGCUCCGAAGCUUCAUGAAGCAGUGUUUUGAAAACGCCCAUCACUAGAUAUUGUUGAAUAAAGUCGUUAUUUUGUUUUUUGGCGCACAAAAAGUAUUAUUGUCACCUCAUAACAUUAAGGUUGAACCACUGUAGUCACAUGAACUGUUUUAAAUAUAUCUUUAGUACCUUCAUGGGCAUUGAAAGUGUAAAUUAACUUGCUGUCAAUGCAGGCCUCACUGAGCCAUCGAAUUUUAUCAAAAAUAUCUUAAUUUGUGUUCAGAAGAUGAACGAAGGUCUUACGGGUGUGGAACGUCAUGAGGGUGAGUAAUUAAUGACAUUAUUUUCAUUUUUGGUUGAACUAACCCUUUAACAGUGUUUUUUUUUUAUUUAUUUUUUUAUGUAACUUAACUGAGUGUUCAUGACAGCAAAGAUAAAGGUAAUCUAAUGUGAAAAAAAAAAGAGCAUGCACAAUUAAAUAUCCAAUAUCUGCAUUGCCAAAUAUUUUUAAAAAAAAACUGAUAUGGUACCAAUAUGUCAUGCAUACCUAAGGAUCUUUCUCUAGUCUCAGGGGUUCUCAGUCUCUGUGAGUGUAUUUGAUUUGUUCUAUACAACAGAGCUAUGAAAAGGUUGUCAAAGAAACCGGAACAAGUCAAUGUGAAGUUGAUAGCUUACUGAAAUGUAAACGUGCAAGGUUUAUGUUGUGUAGGCAUUAUCUGUGAAUGACACAGCUGGUUAUUAAAAGUGUACUAUUAGAUUUUCUAAAUAUGUUAAUCAGCUAAAGUGUAUUUCUAUAAUCUAAUGUUAAUCAGUACUGAAUGUAUUUACCAUAUGUAAAUAUACUCAAAUGUGAAUUGAAAAAUGAA